GCGAAUGCGUCGAAAAACAUAACAAUCGCCUGCUCGCUCGCUCGCCAAAGAAGACGAGUCGCCGGCGAAGGAAAAGAUCGGCGAUUGCCGUGCGAUGCCAAGAGACAUCUCGGGUUACGUGAAGCUGCUGCGGUCCCUCUCGCAGCCCGUCUUUUCCAGUGGCCGUUCCCCCUCAUCCGACGCCGGCGUCGGAUCCCGUCGGAGAAGCAGUUCGUCCUAUUUCCGCCUUCCCUCCGACGGAAUCCUCCGCCUCUCCGUCCUCAAACUGGACGGAUCAUCCUUCGAUGUGCGAGUCGCGAGGACGGCGUCGGUUAGGGAUCUCAAGGAUGCGGUGGAGGAUCUCUUUAGUGAGUUGCGCGACCCCGAGGACGGGAAAGGCUCUAUUUCUUGGUCUCAUGUUUGGGGUCAUUUUUGCUUAUGCUACAAAGAACAUAAGCUAACAGAUGACAAGGCGUGUUUGAAGACCUUCCGAAUCAACGAUGGAGAUCAGCUGCAUUUUAUGAGACAUCUUUCUCUCAAUCAAGUAUCUAACAAGAGGAAAUCAAGUAAUGCUAGAGCUGAACUGGACCAACAGCGAAUUUCACCAACAGGUUCAAAAGUUCAGGGUGAAGUUUGCGAGGGAGUUGAUUCUAGUCCAUCUGUAGACAAGAGCAAUCAGAGUUUUGGUCGGAUUGGAUCCGUAGAACUGAAGUUGCAUCGUCUAUGCCUACUUCGUGGACGGUUUCGCUACUCAAGGCUGAGGACAACUCAGGUAACGGAUAUUUAGAGAGAAAUCACUCUGAUAGCCCAGAAAUGGACCAAGGGUGCAUAAAAUUGAACCAAAGCAUUUCCUCGAUGGAAAUAAUUUUGUUUUUUCGUAGCACUUUGGCAGUGCAAACAAGGAUGUCAAUAUUAGUGGUAGAAGGUUUCUUUUGUUUCUUGCAAUUCCUUAGAAGAUUUGAAUUUUUCUUGA